AUACGAAAUGUAUUUUGAUAGUAAGCCAUCACUGUAACCCACCACAGCACCGUGACUUUAGAUUUAUCUCGGUCUUGAUCUAAGGAAGCAUCACAAACGUCCACGCGCAGGCCGAGCAGGAUCGCGCGUGCACGUCGUCAGUCUAUUGUGAGCGGCGCUCGCGAGGGAAGCUGUGGACGCCGAGGCACGAUCGCGCGAAUAAAAAAACUCGCAUUUGGAUUGGGUCAGCGUGUGUAAAAUAGGAUUUUACCCCACUGUCACCAUGUGUACCCCGUGUUGUGUGUCUCAGCUGGCAUGCUGUUGUGGCUCGGCCGCCUGCUCUCUCUGUUGCGGCUGCUGUCCAAAGAUCAAACAGUCCACGUCUACCCGCUUCAUGUACACCCUAUUCUUCAUGCUGGUCACCGUCACCUGUGUCAUCAUGAUGUCACCCACUGUGGAGCAGGGAAUGCGAAAACAUAUUCCAUUUUAUGAAGAUAUGUGUCUCCAGCUGAACGCUGGGGAGAACUGCAGCACGCUUGUGGGAUAUUCAGCCGUGUAUAAAGUCUGUUUCGGCAUGGCCUGCUUUUUCUUAUUCUUUGCCUUGUUCACCAUUCGGGUGCGAACCAGCACAGAAUGCCGGGCGGCCGUCCACAACGGAUUUUGGUUCUUUAAGUUUGUGGCUCUGCUGGGCUGCUGUGCCGGUGGAUUCUUUCUCCCAAACCAAGAGAAGUUUUUAGAAGUGUGGCGUUAUGUGGGGGCCGCUGGCGGGUUUCUCUUCCUUCUCAUCCAGCUAAUGCUUCUCGUCCAGUUUGCCCACAGAUGGAAUCAGAACUGGAGUUCGGGGGCCGAUUAUAAUAAAAUGUGGUACGCAGCAUUGGCUCUGGUCACUCUGGUGCUGUUCUCCAUAGCGGUGGGAGCCAUGGUCUUUAUGAUCAUAUUUUACACUCACCCUGAGGCCUGCUUCCUAAACAAACUCUUUCUGGGAGUCAACUGCGGCCUGUGCUUCAUAGUCUCCCUGCUGGCCAUCUCACCCUGUAUACAGACCUUUCAGCCUACCUCAGGUCUACUGCAGCCUGCGGUCAUCACCGUCUACGUCAUGUACCUCACGUUCUCAGCUCUCGCCAGCAAACCCAUUGAAACGGUGCUGGAAAACGGCAACAACGUCACCGUCUGCGUCUUUCCCCUCAACUCAGGACUGCAGAGCGACACCACCAUAGUAAAGGGUGUCGGGACGGCCAUACUGUUCGGCUGUAUACUGUACUCUUGUCUGACCUCCACCACCAAGAGAAGCACAGCAGCUUUACGUGUUUACAGGAACGAUAUGCCAGAAAAUGAGAGAGCACGCUGCUGCUUCUGUUGUGUCGAUGAUACAGAGGAUUACGAUGAUGAGAAGACUGCAGGAGGACAGAACGUCAUGUAUGAUGAGAAAGAGGGAACCAUCUAUUGCUACUGCUACUUUCAUUUCGUCUUCUUCCUCGGCUCACUUUACGUCAUGAUGACUGUAACCAACUGGUUUCAUUAUGACAACGCGAAGAUCGAGAGGCUGUUGGAUGGGAGCUGGUCUGUGUUCUGGAUCAAGAUGGCGUCCUGUUGGGUCUGUCUUUUUCUCUACAUGUGGACCCUGAUAGCACCCAUGCUCUUCCCAAAAAGAUUUUUAGCCUAGACAACAUUCAGAACGAAAUCCACUAUCACCACUGUCCAACUACUGUGUGUGCGUGUGUGAGAGAGAGAGACUUUUGUAUUUUGAUAUUGCAAGUUUUUAUUUGUUUAGAAUUUUUAGUAUAAGCUUUUAAUGGCCGUUGUUUUUAUGGAGAAUUGUUACAGAAAUCAUGUUACAUGCUGGUGUACGACUCCUAUUUCUUUACUGACAUGAAGGUAUAAAACCGAACGCAUCGCUCAGGCUCACGCCUCACCUGUACGUGUCUCGCUUUUAAUGCUUUUCUUUUCGGUGGCUGAGAAAUUCUAUGCAAAUCAACAAAGCAUCUGUGAUUUUCAUCUGUGAGUUUUUCUGCCUCUCUUGAUGAUGCGUUUCGUGACAGUGUAGUGUAUUGAUUCACUAAAUAAGGCAUCAAGUAUGCUCAUACGAAAGCAUUUACAUUAAAAUAUGUACAGUUACAGUCGGCUUACCCUUAUGAAAACGUUGAGGUGAUGUAACGUGCAGGGUCACCGAGCAAACAUAUCUGCCAGUCAACCAAUCAGAUUGUAGGAUUGGGUUUAGGGUCAGUGUUAGGUUUAGGAGCUUGUUAUGCCAUUGUGAUCAACCUAUUAUUUACCUCUGUAGGCUUGCUAAAUCGUGAGUAGGGUUAAGGUUUGGAGUUUACAAAAAUGCCAUUCCAACUUCCAAGACCAAUAAAAGUUCAAGGAACACUUGGCAAAAUGAAAGCGAGAUAAAUGAUUCCAGAGAAACAUUCCCUUGCAUUACAAUAAAUAAAGGUCUUUCCACUGCCGUCAUUUCAAUUGGCACGCUUCUUUGGUUUUCUGGAUAAAUAAUAAAGGUUAUAUUUCUCACUAAUGUCAUUUUGUAGAAAUGCUUUUAGACCAAUUUAAUGCGCAAUUUAAACAUUUGCAAAUAAAAGGAUUGUUGCCUGUUUAUGCAGCAAAUCUGUAAAGUUAAGAUUUGGAGGCUGUGUGCGUGUCCUGUAAACACUUCCUGUGCAUGUAUAUGAGUACAUGAGGUCUAAACUAACUUAUUGACAAAGUCAUAACUUUAUUGUGAAACCAUACAACAAUUAACCCUAAUUAAAAAUGCAAAGAUCCAUUAACUUUCCCAAAUAUAUGUUAUUAAAUCUAAAUGAUACUGUAGGCUUUGGAUGUCCUAUAAGGUUUUUAUAUAAUUCAUGCUAUGCUUUAAAGUCCCCCUGUGGUGAAAAUCUAAUUUUAUUGUUGUUUAUAUGUCGUGUUUAUAAUAUGCUUUAAGACGCACCAUCAAUCAACACCAUUUCUGAGUAUUUUCUCCAUAAAAUUUGAGUUUUUCAAAGACAAUCUCAUUUCUGCAGUUUAAAAUCGCCUCACUAAUCCUGUAUAACCAAUCACAUUAACACGUUUGAACAAGUGGAUCAGUAGUUCGAGCCGUAGAUAUUAUGUAUGGAUGCAUAGACUCUGCACCGAAAUAAUCACAGCACUGCGACUUCUGUGACGCGAGCACGUGCUACUUGCAAGUUUUAACUUCAAUACUGAAAAAAAUAUAAAAACGCAUGCAUUGUGCCUGCAAGUUUUAACAUCAAUACUGAAAAAAGUAUAAAAACGUAUUCAUUGUGUGAAACCGGACAUAGCAGCUAUUUGUCUGAAACUGCUGAAUGUAGCAUCUAUGCACUUAUAUAUCUAUGGCCCGAGCCUACGGCAUAAAGUUCUGCAUUGGUUUUCAUUUAUACUUUACGUCGUCGUCCACGUCGAUGUGCAAACACACUGGUAGGCAGUAUCCACGCGUGUAAUCACAGUAGAAGCGUGACUGUCAAAGAAGAAGAAGCUUGGCAAGUUAACCCACAAAUGCAGAAGAAACAGCAACUUGUUGUGUAUGAUUUGAGAAGACCAGCAAUGAAGGAAGUAAAUUUUUUUACCUGACGGGAGGGGUUCUGAUGAACCAAUCACAGCGUUUGCAGUCCGCGUAGAACUGACACGCUGUUAAAAAUUUUGUAAGGUGCACGUCAGGCUACUGAUAACCUACCGCGUAGAGCUUACGCACGACUAUAAAUCGGGCUUUACAUUGAAGCAUGAAGAAAAACUUGUGGUGCUUUGAUGCUCAAAGAUGAGUUUUAAAGGGAUAGUGCACCUAAAAAAUAUAUAUUUGUCAUCAUUUACUCACUCUCAUAGUGUUACAAACUUAAAAAUAAUUUCUUUGUUUAUACACAAAGUAGAUAUUUUAAGCAAUGUUUGUAAACAGACCAUUUUUGAGCACCAUUGACUUCCAUAGUAUUUUUCUUUCCUACCAUGGAAGUCAAUAGUGCUUCUGUUUCCUGCUUGAUUAUAAUUAUCUUCCUGUGUGUUCAGUCGAACAAAGAAAUGAAUACAGGUUUGUAACAACAUGAGGGUUGAGUACAUGUUGACCCAUUGUUUAUUUUUGGGUGAACUAUCCCUUUAAAUCAUCAAAUUAACUACAGGAGACUUUAAAGCAUACUGUAUGUAAAAAAAACACAUCAUCUUUAGAGAUGUAAUUAAGCUUAAAGGUUUUUGUUGACAUAAAUGCAUGUUUAUAUUCUUGUACUGAUCGAUCAUUUAAAAGUUUUUUAUUUGUGGUGAUGAUCGAUAGUUUCAAAUUCUGCCUGUAUGUUAGACGUAAUGGAGCAUCAUUGGUGCCGCCGGUAUAUUAUGAAGUGGUUGACUUUAUAGUCUGUAUAGGAACUGGAAUUGCUUGCUAUUUAUGUUUUUUGCCUGUGUAGCAGUCGUCACAUCAUGCUUUCUGAGGGACACGUCAGUGUUUUUGACCGAACUACAGACAAACCAAAAUCUCAUCAAUGUGAAUCUCAAAUUAGAGCCGGUAUCUCUGUGAAGUAAACAACAUGUUAAAUUGCCAGUAGAAUCAGUUUUCUGCUCUUUUCUUUGGGAUCAGGUUUGUUUGUAACAAUCGUUUAAUAAAAGGUUAUGGAUUGCCUUAAACAUCAUCAUGUGCUACAACUGACUUAACCAGUUUACUCUGUUUCUUUACAUGAAGAAAGUCAAAUGAAGUCAAAGAUUUACUCCUUUCCUCUUAGUUUUACCUGGUGCUCAUUGUUUGUUUUUAUGUGGGUUUAACUUUAUGCUUUUUAUGCUGCUUUCAUUUGCAAAUAUAUGAUGAACAACAUAAAUAUAUGUGCUUUACUGUAAAUAGUCAAUGCUAAAGAUGAAACUAGUUGAGCUUAUACUAUUACAAACUAUUUUAUUCUUGUGCCGUGUGUCGCUAAACAUGCAUGAAGACAUUUUUUUCCAAAAAUAUCAUAAGCUGUCUGUUCUCAUUUGUGUCGAUUUCUUUUUAUAUAUUUGUUUUUCAUUAUUUCAAAAACUUUCCAUACAGAGUCAUAAGUUUGAAAUUCAAACCCCAAUGUCCUUUAUAGUGUUUUUAUUGAUAUCAAAGGUUCUUUCAAUAAAAAAGACAAAUCA